UUAAUAUUAAUACAAAAAAGAAUAUUUACGAAACAACUAUUUUUAAAUUUGCCAUACUAUUACUAGAUAUUUCGCAAUAACCGGUAUAGAUGGCAUGUCAUACAUCCCAGAAAAUUUAAGUUGUUUUAAAUUUGCCGCAUUUGUUUAAAAAGUCGUCAGUUCGCGCGUGUGUGUAGUGUGUGCUGCAGGGUUCGUACAAAUAAUUGCCAACUUUUAAAAAAUUUUUAAAGAGAAAGGCCAGUUCAAUUUUAAUCAUUAAUUUUACGCUCGUGGCACCUUAAACAAUUCCACAUCAUUUCAAAAAUGGCUCCGGUGGGUGAGGCUCCAAAACCUGAAUAUGAUCUUGUCGUUAUUGGAGGAGGAUCUGGAGGCUUGGCAUGUGCAAAGGAAGCCUCAAACUUAGGUGCUAAGGUUGCAGUAUUAGAUUAUGUAACACCAACACCAUUGGGAACUAAAUGGGGACUUGGUGGAACUUGUGUGAAUGUCGGGUGUAUCCCCAAAAAAUUAAUGCAUCAAGCUGCAUUAUUAGGAGAAUCAUUACAUGAUGCUCAAGCUUAUGGUUGGCAGUUGCAACCAGAAAACAUCAAACACCAAUGGUCUGCUUUAACACAGGCUGUACAAAAUCAUAUAAAAUCAGUCAAUUGGGUUACCAGGGUCGAUUUACGUGAUAAGAAAGUAGAAUAUAUUAACGGUUUAGGUGUUUUCAAGGAUCGUUACACCAUUCAGACAACAACAAAACAGGGUGAACGCCUCCUCACAUCUAAAUAUUUCCUUAUUGCCUGUGGAGGAAGGCCACGUUACCCUGACAUACCCGGUGCAGUCGAAUAUGGCAUAACUAGUGAUGAUAUUUUUAGUUUAAAGAAUGCCCCAGGAAAAACCAUAAUCAUUGGUGCUGGAUAUAUUGGUCUUGAGUGUGCAGGGUUUUUAAAUGGAUUAGGGUAUGAUGCAACUGUGAUGGUUCGAUCUGUAGUUCUCAGGGGCUUUGACCAGCAAAUGGCCGGAAUUAUUACCGAGUCUAUGGUUCAAAAAGGAAUUAAAUUUCUUCACAAGUGUUUGCCAGAUUCUGUGGAGAAAACGCCAGAAGAUCGACUCCUGGUGAAAUGGCAUAACCAACAGGGUGAGCAGUUCUCUGACGUCUACGACACAAUCCUCUUUGCAAUUGGAAGACGUGCAUUAACGCGGGAACUCAAAGCAGAAGUUGCAGGCAUCAAAUUGGCCCCAGACAACGAAAAAAUCGACGCUGUUAACGAACAGUCAAAUGUACCCCACAUUUACGCCGUUGGAGACGUUUUAUAUAAAAAGCCUGAACUCACACCUGUAGCCAUUCAUGCUGGUAGAUUGCUAGCCAGGAGGUUGUUUGGGGGAAGUACACUGCAGAUGGAUUAUCAGAACGUUGCCACAACCAUUUUUACGCCCUUAGAGUAUGGAUGUGUAGGUCUUAGUGAAGAAAAGGCCAAUGAAGACUAUGGUGCUGACAAUAUUGAAGUGUAUCAUGCUUAUUACAAGCCAACAGAGUUCUUUAUUCCACAAAAGUCGAUAGCGCACUGUUAUUUAAAGGUGGUGUCUUUACGGGAGCCUCCGCAGAAGGUCUUGGGCAUGCACUUUAUUGGACCCCAAGCUGGAGAAGUUAUCCAAGGAUUUGCAGCCGCCUUGAAGUCCAAUUUGACCGUAGAAACCCUAAUGAAUACUGUUGGUAUCCAUCCUACGAUUGCUGAAGAAUUCACGAGAAUAAACGUUACAAAAAGAUCCGGGAAAGACCCAAAUCCCGCUUCCUGCUGCAGUUAAAAUUGUUUGAGGGUAAGAAGGGGGGAAGGGGUUAGCAGUGUUGCCGUCAGAAAUUGGGGGGUGGACUGUGUCGCCAGGGCAGUAAGACCGUGUUUUAAGUAAAUGCAAUCUAAAGGAGUGAUUAUGGUGUGAUUUUUUUUGCUCUUAGCUUGCUCUAUAUUUAAUUCUUUCUUAUACAUGAGUGCCUUUUUUAAAAAAGCUAUGUAAAAAAAAGGGUAAAGGUAGUUCAAAACAUCAGAGUUGGUUCAGGAGCAAUGUGGAGGGCGACAACGAGCGUGAAAAAUUAUUAAAAUAAAACGCCAUUUUUAAUUCCUUAAGUAUUUUUUUUUGUUUAUUUUCUGUUCUUUCGUAUGGUUGUUGUUGUUGCGCAAAUUUUGUGUAAUUUAUAAUCUUGAUCAUCACUUGCCCUUUGUAAUUAAUUACAUUUGUAUUAAUGCGUUAAUUGUUAAAUAGGAAAUUGUACGAUUUUAAGGUAAUGCACUACAAGUCGGAUAAUUAAUAAAACAAUGCAUUCCAGUAAUAUGUUGGAAUUAAAAGAGAAAUAGAAAACGUAACUAAUAUGCGAUUAUAAAAACAAGUGUUAAAUGUGAUCCAAAUGCAUAUUACUUAACUUUCUGUUUUAUAUUCUAUGUAAAAGUCACCAAAAGAAAUAUAAGAUGUGGAUUUUAUGCA